CCAAGGUUUGUUCUCCCCCCCUCCCUCGCUCCAAUCUUCUUCUUCUCUGGAUUUACCCUUCCGGUUCCUGAUGAAUUGAGCAAACCCUGCUCUCCGACUCAACCCCCUGCCCUUUUGGUGCCCAAAGCUACUGCCGCCUGGGUUGAUCGAGAGUUGGAUUGCGUCUGGUGGUGGUGGUGGUGGUAUAUAGAUCUAGGAUCCAUAGGACUGCAAUCUUCUGUGAUGAGCAGGCUUGGGGAUUUUGGGCGAGGCGGACGGAUUGCUCUUCGUGAGGAGCUCAAAGCGGGAUCUUUCUCCAGAUAGGUUGGUCGUCGUCGUGAUUUGUUGCAGGCGGUCCAGGUAAAGAAUUCGGCCCUUUGAGCUUCACUACAAUUUACAGCUUGCAGCAAAAAAGACUUGAUCUCGAAACGAGUUUCUGUGACUCCUCGGAGCAGUAUCCCUCCAUGGAUGUCCCUGAAUCCUAUCCGACAGAGACCGAAUUCUCCACCGUGGGUAUGGAAACGGAUCGUGUCCCGUCCUACAAAUCUUCUGCUGCUUCUGGUGCUAAGGCAGGCAUUUCUUCCACCGGUAGUGUGCAUGAGCUUCUUGAAUGCCCAGUUUGCACCAAUUCUAUGUACCCUCCCAUACACCAGUGUCCAAAUGGUCACACUCUCUGUUCGAGCUGCAAACUCAGAGUGCACAACCACUGCCCUACUUGUCGCCAAGAGCUGGGGAACAUCAGAUGCCUGGCUCUCGAGAAGGUUGCAGAGUCACUGGAGCUACCAUGCAGAUACCAGAACUUGGGCUGCUUAGAGAUACAUCCAUAUUACAGCAAGUUGAAGCAUGAGCAGCUGUGCAGGUUCAGACCCUACAAUUGCCCCUAUGCAGGCUCAGAAUGCCUGGUCACAGGUGACGUUCCAAUGCUUGUUGCCCAUCUAAAAACUGAUCAUAAGGUGGACAUGCAUGAUGGGUGCACAUUUAACCACCGGUAUGUCAAACCCAAUCCAAAUGAGGUUGAGAACGCGACGUGGAUGCUCACCGUUUUCAGUUGUUAUGGGCAUUACUUCUGCCUUCACUUUGAGGCCUUCCUCCUGGGAAUGGCUCCAGUUUAUAUGGCAUUCUUAAGGUUUCUCGGUGAGGACAGUGAAGCAAGGCACUUCAGCUACAGCUUGGAAGUGGGCGGCAAUGGCCGAAAACUCACAUGGCAAGGAGUGCCGAGGAGCAUAAGGGACAGCCACAGGAAAGUCCGCGACAGCUAUGAUGGGUUGAUCAUCCAUCGUAACAUGGCACUCUUCUUCUCCGGUGGCGACCGACACGAGCUGAAGCUACGCAUCACCGGUCGGAUAUGGAAAGAACAAUGAACAAUGAACUCAGUGAUUUAGAAUGCAUCUUGCAAAUGUAUACGCCAAAGGCUCAUCAAUUCUUGCAACCUUGUAGUGUAACCUAAAACUCUUUAUUCAAAGCAAUGGAAGAAGCAUGCGUGAGAUCCACAACCAUGACCUGGAGUGCCAAUCUUGGUCAGAGUCGAUCUCUCCAUGCUUCUUUCUAUUUGAGAUCUA